CUAAAAGUCAAGGACAUCAGUGUGUGCUUGAUCUAUAUAAAUAUAAGAUAAAUUAAAACCUUACCUUUACUUUAUAUAAACCAGCUCCAACAGAAACUUUGAACACCACAAAUCUAUCUUAAACCCCAAGUUAAUCAUGUCAGCUUCCAUGUAUGUUCCCACUCUGAAACAAACUAACAUCCUUCAAGAUAUUCUUGUAAGUUCUUACUCAAGAAGAUUACUACUUGAUCAAUCACCAAGUCCGACACUGGCCCCAUAUGUAGAAGAUAACAACUUUAAUGCAAAUGUUGUUAUGGUCCUAUCUGUCCUCUUGUGUGCAUUCCUUUGCUCACUUGGACUCAAUUCUAUAAUAAGAUGUGCCCUGAUGUGCUGCAGAUUAGCACCAUCGGAAGCAGGUGACGGCCAAACAGCAGCUCGCGUGACCAAUACAGGAGUUAAACGGAAAGCCUUGAAGAGUUUCCAGACCGUAAGUUACUCUGCUGAUUUGAAUCUUCCUGGCCUAGAUACAGAGUGCGUCAUAUGUCUCUCAGAGUUUGUAUCCGAAGAGCGUGUGAAGCUGCUUCCAACAUGCCACCAUGGAUUCCAUGUCGGGUGUAUAGACAAGUGGCUUGGUUCACACUCAUCAUGUCCCACCUGCAGGCACUGCCUCAUUGAGACCUGCCAGAAGAUCGCCGACUGCAGCCAAACAAGGUCGUUAAACCCUGAUCAACCACCACAAGACAGCAUCAUCGUGCAAAUUGCACCACUACAACCAGAAAGAUGGAUACGCUGUUUUAGGUGACACUAGUCACCUAGAGUUAGUUGCAGUUAGCUUGUUUAAAACUACUUUGUGUUUAGAAUUAGUCAAGAUCACGUACAUGCGGUCCAUAAGUUUCGCAUUUCCACUCUAAAAUUGUAAAUAUUGCGAUAAAUGUUAUUUCUCCGCAUCUUGA